AUGGGGCACUUCGGUCCAGUCGGGGGUCGCGGCGCCUAUAACGCCUACCUCGAGGGGCCUCUGGCGCCCGGAACUGCUGGGUCGGAGUGUGACCACGAGGGCCUGGCGCCCGUAGGUAAGACGGUCGGGGCAUCGGGAGCCCCGGUGGCGCAGGUGCAUCGGCUGCCGCAUGCUUACGUAAAUGAAGCACAAGUGCAGGCGCUUGGCGCCGUUAUCAGGUCGACUGGGCAACAGGGAUUUCGUUCAACUGCCGGCCCGAUUUCAACUGAGUCUUCGGCGACUUCGGGCUUGGUCUUGACCCCGGUGGCAGCUUCAACCUCCGUUUCAGCCGACUCUGCCACGUCUGGAGAACUAAGAAGGCCUGAGCCUUCCGGUGCUGAGCCCCUGACCAAAACGGGACAGAUGAGAGCCUCAGUCAAAGCUGGUCGACGAGAUUACGGUGAUGCUAUAUCCUUGAUGUGCCCAUUUAUCCAUUUCGCCUUGUCUAGGUCUGAAAUUAAGCAAAAUUCCUUAUUCAUCGAAAAAAUGCGGGUUUCAAAGAAUCUUCUGACUUAA